ACCAAAGUCACAACAAAACAUAAAUUCUCCUUUAUCUCUGCGAUCGAUUUCCUCUUCCGUUCUUAUUUUCUUUCUUUGGAUGUUUCAUUCAAACUACAAACACAGAGUUCAGUAUUCACCAAAAUCAAUGGGUAAAAUUGUUGGUGUCGGUUUCCGUCCUACAGAACAAGAACUCGUCGAUUUCUACCUCAAACACAAGUUGCUGGGUGAUGAUUCCCGUGUCGACGUUAUCCCUGUCAUUGACCUCUGCCAUGUGGAACCUUCGGAUGUACCAGGGAUACUUGCAAAAUCACGGAUUCGAUUCGGUGACCCAGAUUGGUUUUUCUUCAGUCCGGUUGAUUUCAAGUAUUCAAACAGUAAAAGGGUUAACAGGAAAACCGAGAAAGGGUUCUGGAAAGCCACUGGAAAAGACCGUGAUAUUAGCAGCUGGAACACCAACACUCUCAUUGCCACAAAGAAGAAUCUUGUUUACUACACAGGAAUUGUUUCCUGUGGUGUCAAGUCCUACUGGGUUAUUCACGAAUAUCACGCUGUUACCUUUCAUGAAAGCGAGAGGUGUUUUGUUUUAUGCCGCUUGAUGAGAAAAUCUGGGAAAACAACUGAAGGGGGAACCGAUCCACCAAUCUGUGGUGAAGAGGAGCCCAGCAUAAUCAAGGUUUUUGACUAUGAAAAUCAGGCAACAGAAGAAGGAAUUCCAUAUGGAGGUACUUUUUCAGGAGUGGAAACAAUCUUUCUGGCUGAUCCUCAGACAGAGACAUACGUCUCCCAAAUACAACCGUCUCCACGAGAAGAAGCAUCUUUUCCAAAUUAUCCACUAAACAAUGUCUGUUUUGGAAAUGAAAAGAGCUUUAUGCAAGAUGAAUACCUGAAUCGAAUUUUAGCCGAUGAAAACUUAGAUAAUGAUGAAGAAAGUAGUUGUACUUUUGUUGAUAAUUUUUCUCAAAAGGACACAAAUAUCGUGGAUAGUUCAUUUGUUCACGAUAAAUAUUUCAAUUAUGACGAAUACCAUUCAUCAAAAAGGUUGAAAUUAUCAAAAGAUGUUGCUGAUGAUGCAUCAACAAAUCAAGAAACAAAAGAAAGUAUGAUUGGAGAUGGAUUUUGGAGAAUGGAAUCAUCCUCUUGUGAUUCAACUCCAAAUGGAGUUUUGGAGAUUAAUUGCACUGAAGUUUCUAGUUCUCGGUCCAUUUCAUGAAGAAAGGAAAAAUAAUAUCAUUAAAGAAUAAAUAUGAUCAAAUAUGAUACAAUUUAUGAUUUAAGUUAGAACAAUGAUAUUUUGAUAACUAAAUUUUUAUAAUUUUUUUUUAUAAGUUGAGGUGUUAUUUUUUAAGUAGUUUUGGAAUAUAGAGAAAUAAAAGAAAAUGAAAAAAUGGGAAACUAUUUAGAAGAUACCACCUCAAGUUAUAAGAUUAAGUUGUCAUAAUUUAGAUGUUAAAAUCAUUUUCUUUUAAAUUACUUUUACCAAUGUAUUGGUAGUAGUUAAUAUGUUGUGUCCUCUAGUAGGAAAUCAAUUUCGUAUAAGAUAUAUUGUCUAUUAAGAGUAUAAUUGGAAACAAUUAACAGUUAUACAUUCUAAGUUUGUUAAACUCUGCAGGAUAACUGCUGGUAUGUAUGAGGAGUAUAUUUGUGAUAUGUAAUUAAGAAAUGUGUAUAGUUUAUUUGCACUUUAUGGAGAAAGAAUACUCUGUUAGACUGUUGUCCUUGACAGAGGAAAGUGUAUUGGUGUAUCCAUGUAUUGUGUGCAAUUCAGAGUUGAAUUAUGUAGUUUGUUAGUUUUUCUA